UCAUCAAUUAAGAUCGAUUUUGCAGAAAACUGAUGGAAAAAUUAGGACUAGUCUACUUCCAAGUCUCCUCUUUAAGAGGCACAGAGAACCUCCCGAGCCUGAUCACAUGAGUACCAAGUUAAUGACGGACAACAACAAACAGGAAAAGACAAAUACAACUGAAGAGAUUGCGAUAGAGAGAGGUGUACCAGGGACGGAUAAACCUGAUGAAGUUGUAGACAAGAAAGUGGAUUCAAAAAAACAAGUUGAAAGUUCAUCCAAAAAUGUGAAAGGAUGUUUGGUGAAUGUAAACUUUGUAAAAGAAGCUAAGAUUACUCUGAAUACUGGUUUAUCCAUUCAUGAGGCUGUUGAUCUGAAUGCUGCUUCUCAUUUGUGUACAGUUCCACCAGCAAGGGAUUUUAACAUACAUUUUGGGGUGGAAACUAACAUGCAGCAUGAAUCAACUACAACAUUACUCCAUCGUUUUACACCUGAAAACAUGAUGGAGAAUCCAACAACAGAUGAACACGUUAUAGAAAGUCUUUCUAAUGAGCCAACAGAAGUAACCUUAAUCAAGACCAAAGAGCUACAUCUUGAAGGGACUGUGAGCACUCAAAUUGUUCAUCUGGAAAGACAAGAAGGUUGUAACAAGGAGAAAGUAAAGAAGAAUGCAAUAAAGAAAACAGAUCAUAUAGAAAUCAGUAGAAUUAAUGAAUCUGAAGCUGGGAUAAGUGAUAUUGAGGUGGAUGUGAUGGAUAAGAGUGCUCAGCUUGCUACAGGUCAUGGAGAUGAAGUAGUUGCUACAAGGGCAAACACUGAUAAUGUUGAUGUAGAGGAAAACCAGUUGUCUGUUGAGGUGACUAAUGAUGCAGAAGCACUUGCUCACGAGGAAGAAUUCAGUGGACAGCAGGUUCUAAGGACUGAAGCUGAAGUCAUGCCACCAGAUGAAGCUACAGUUGAGAUUACUUCAGAAAUGAUAAAUACUGAAGCAUCCUCUAUUCAAUGUGGAGAGGAGUCUGAUCUCAGCAGCUCCUCAGUCACUACCUUAGGUACAUCAGCAGUGUUUCUGCCUGAUGUGAGCACUGAGUCAGCAGAGGACUGCAGCAGUGCUGAAGAGGAGCUUGUUGUGGAUGACAUAUCUGACGCUUCUGUUCAGCCAUGCACUGUAGUUGGUACUCAGUGCAACACUAUUCAGGAAGAUGAGGAAGAAGUAAGAGGGAUGGAGGAGGAAGAAGAGGUUGAUGUGACUGGAGAGGAAUCCAAUUGAACUUUUCUUACACUUUGCAAGCAUCAAAAUCUUUUCCUAAAUGUUUUACUCAGUUUACCAAAAAAGUUUAGCACUGGUAAAUUUCUGUUUAUUUUUUCAGGUAUUUUUUGUUAUUGUUAAGAUUAUUUAUAUUUAUUUAAAAGUGUAAUUUAUGCAGAUAGGUGCUGACAAGUGCUUUAGUUGGAUUAAUUCAUUUGUGUGCAUUUUUUCCUGCACUAAAAAAAGACCAAUAACUGUAUUUUUGUUUGUCUCUUGUUUAAGUAAUUAAGUAAAGCCUACAGUUUGUGGAAAAGAUAUUUCUCAUAUUGAAUGAGCAAUCAUUAUUUUAGAUUAUUAAGGCACAGCAGUGCAGUGGGUCCAUGGUCUUGGGUUCAAUCCUGAGUUUAGGUUAUUGUCUACAUGGUGUUUUGCACAUUCUCCCUGUGUGUUUGUGGGUUUCCUCUGGGUUCUCAGAUUUCCUCCUGCUGUCAUUACUUUGUUUGGCUACACUGGUCUAGGUACACCCCUAGCUGUGAAUGAGUGUGCUGAUGUGUGUGAGUGGUUCCCUGUGAAGGACUGGUGUCCAAUCCACUGGGAAAAUCUCCUGCCUUGUGCCCAGUGUUAUCAGGAUAGACUCUGAAUCCACGUUGACCGUGACCAGGAUAAAGCAGUUUCUAAAGAUGAAUUUAUUGAAUAUAUUAUAUAAAAUGUAUUAAAAUUACAUCAGCCUACUUUACAUGGAGACCUUACACUAUGGAAGUCACAGGGUGGCACCUGCCUGCCCCUGGGCAGAAUUAUAUCAAUGUGUCAUAUCACUUUCAAAGGAAUUCAAACAUGGCAUCUUACA